AUGGCCUUUUCUUGUGUCGCAAUACCACUCCUGACACCGAGCCAGUUUGAAGGCUGUAGCAACUGCCACCACGAUAGAUCCGCGGUACCCUCCAAAACUUAUUUGGAUAAUUUCCGUCCACGAAUAGUAUUGGAAUUGAGCACACUUAAUUCAGCAUCUACUUAUACCUCAUCGAUGUCACCCUACGAAGAACAGUGCUUAGCCCCAGAUGUUCUGUUACUUCUGGAUCGGUUAAUCGACUCGAUCACAGAGUCAGACCUUUCACUCGACGACGAGUUGUAUUGGGACUCUCAUGUGCACUCUCUCAUGGCUGUUAUCACACAUACUGCAAGCUCCCGGUCAGGGAGUCCCAUGGAUGAUAUGCUGACCAAAAUUCAGGAACGAACUAAGUGCUUGAUUUAUAUCUUAAUGGAACGUCAAAUACGAGCAGCCAGACUUGAACAGUUACUAUUAGAUUACAUAUCAUGCAAACCUCAUGACAAAUUGUGCAAGUCUUCAAUGGAAGGUUUCACUACCGAAAGAAGUUUAAAAUACACACGGGAUUGCCCCCAAUAUGCCGCCGUAACGACUAGCCAGCCACGAUACAGAAUUGAGAAGCGCUCCAAACGAUUUCCAAAGACUGCUCAAAUGGAGCUAGAAAACUGGUAUACUGAGAAUGAGGACAAUCCGUAUCUAUCAAAGAGAGAUUUACAGCAACUAGUUCAUAAAACUGGACUUUGUGCCCCCCAAGUGAGGAAUUGGGUAUCAAAUAGACGAAGAAAGGAGCGAACACUAACCAUUUCAAAAGAGCUCUCAGACCUUUUGAAUCAAGAUACACGCUGCUCUCCCAAUGAUGUAGUAUAA